AUGAAUUGUCUUGCCGCAGUCCUCCUUCUCACAGGCAGAAAAUCGCCGAUUACGGAUCGUUGGGUAAUUUCAGGCAAUUUUAAAGGAACCUCUAUUUACGAUGUCUUAACUGUUCAUCCGAACCAUGGAUUGCCAGUUCCGAGCAGCGACUCGGGCAUAUUCAUGACCCAGAGAAAAGGCGAUCAGCCCGGUACAUAUCUUGCAGCAUAUUGCUCAUCCAGGUUGGAUAAUUAUCAGAUGUAUUAUAGUAUUACCAAAGGUACGAAAAGUCUAAUGAAAACAGCUCACGAGGGGAUAAGUGAAGACGUCGAAUUGGAAAGAUACUGCUCACAUUUGAUCACUAAACUCUCUCAAUCACAACCCGAUAUGUGCAGUGUACAUAUUUCGAAACUCAGAGAUCCAAAAGAAUGUACCGAAAUGGUAUUGGUUAGUUUAGCAUUUCAACGGAAAAUUUCACUACAUGGAAAGCUUGGAUUAACUUCCACCUUGGCCUAUCACCACUCCCCCGCCGUUAUAUUGGAUAGGCGGAUUGAGGUAAAAAAUGUCAUUUUGAAUGGCGAGUUUUUUGUCUUAAAAAGAACAGAGUGGAGAGAAUAUGCACUUGCUUGGUAUCAAGGCCAUCUCCAUGAGUUCAAUAAAUUAAUCGGGACAAAUUCCUGGUACUUAACAAGUAAAAUCGGCCACGAACUUCAAAAUGGAAAAUUUAUUUCCGAGCUGAUUUUGAAGAACCACCCUGACAUUGUUUCAUUUCAAGAUCAAUUGCUCGCCCUUCCACCAUCAUCUGAUGCCACCUCGUCCGCCUGCUCGGGUUGCUCAUCAAAUGAUUUGCGAUUCAUGAGUAAACACGCGCCGAGAGAAAAAGGACCCACAGUAAUUGUUCCAAGACUUGCCGCAACAACUGCAGACGGGUAUCUUUCUGGGGAAAUAGGGUCGGAGAAAUUUGAAGAUAUAUUCGAUAAUUAUAAUCCACCGACAAAUGCUGUCAUGUGUUAA